AUGGCCAUGUCCUUAAGUUUACGUAACGCGAAUAUCAAUCUUUACGUGAGCAAUGAGCGCUAUUAUGGCCAUUUAAUAAAUACUGAUAACUUCAACGUUACUCUAAGUCGUCCCGAUUUGUAUAAUUUUUUGCAAAAUCCCUUUGAUUGGAUUCGGAAAUAUAUAAGUACGAAUUACCUUGAACAGCUGCAAGAAAGCUAUACUGCUUUGCAGCCGUGCCAGGAUGUCUAUCUAUUUCAAAUUGUCACCGAUGUCUUUGCUGACGAUUUACUUGCUGUUAUGGAAAAUUAUUGUCGACGCAAGUAUAAUAGUGAUCUUGAGAAUUUCGAUGCCCGAGCGAUUCAUAUGUCUCAGGUGGAUCUGGAGACGGUAUGGCUUCGUUUUUUACAGCAUUUCGUUCAACCUUUGCAAACGAAAAUCUUUCUUGCUAAACGUUUUGGCGUGCCACACACUGCUGCACAUUUUAUUGUACGUUAUAAAACCGAUGAAGAACAUUUCGUUGCGCCUAAGCACAAUUCUCGAGUGUAUAGCGCAAAUAUAGCCUUAAAUCGCGUCGGAGUUGAAUAUAGCGGCGGUGGUCGUUAUUUUAUACGGUACAACUGCUCAGUUAUUGAUAUUGAAAAAGGCUGGAUGAUUAUGCAUCCCGGUCGUAUCACUCAUCUUUAUACUGAUCUUCCAAUCGUCAAAGGUAUAUCUUAUACCGCAGUCUCUCUAAUAUAUCCAUAA